AUGAUUUCCAUACAGGCAUUCCCAAUAGGAUCUCCUCUGUUACAUGAUGUUUCAAGAGCAGUCUUGAGUGUAACAGAAGGUGAAAAGUUGGUACAAAUAGAAAAAACAUGGUUUGGACAACCGAUUUGUUCAGAUUCUAGCAAGUCACUUUCCUCCAAUAGUCUUGGCCUUGAUAGCUUCUGGGGACUCUUUGUCAUAGCUGGAAUUGCUGCAAUUUUGGCUCUCCUCAUCUUUCUAACAAUGUUCAUGCGUGAUCAUUGGCACAUCAUAAGACGAUCCAAUCAUUCGUUCCACGAAAGAAUCAGAAUCUUGGCUAGAAAUUUUGACAGAAAAGACUAUAAUAGCCAUACAUUCAAAAAAGAAAUUGAACUGAGAGAUGGAAUGCGAGUUUCAGGACAUAUGGAUGGUCCACAAAGUCCACAUGAUAACUCGUCAAUGCUUCCUUCUCCACAACCGAAUGGGCCGCCAUGUCCAAGUAUUUCUAGUCAUACGGAAGCGACUCCGCCUUUGCAUGAAGAGAAUGUAGCAUCUAGUACUCAAGAGAGUGCCAUUAUUGAGUCGGCUGUUGAACUAAGAGCAGGCCAUUGAUGUUUUCUCUUUUCUAUCUUAAAUUACCAUCUUUG